UGGGCUACAACUAUUCUACAGAGAGGCAUUUUCUAGAAAUAGAAGACCAAACAAACAAAACUAACAUCAACAAAAAAAAUGGCCUCUCUUCAUACUCUCACACUCCUCUUAAUUUCCACAAACCUCCAUCUCUUCGGAGCUUCUUCAUCUAACAGCAAUGGAUACGACGAUUUCCUCGAAUGCCUAACCGAUCAAUUCCAUCGCUCAAACUCACCUACCGACACAAUCUACACCCCUCAAAACGCAACCUACGCCACUCUCCUACCAUCACAUAAUCCCCGCCUGGCCUCCGUCCUCCCGCGGCGGCCCGACCUCAUCGUCACCCCAUUCCACGUGUCCGAAAUCCAGGCUUCCAUCCACUGCUCCCGUGUUCUCAAUCUCCAGAUCAGAGUCAAGAGCGGCGGCCACGACUACGAAGGCCUCUCCUACGCCUCCGCGUCGGCUCCCUUCGUCAUCGUCGACAUGAGAAACUUCCGGUCAGUUUCAAUCGACGAGAAGGCGAAAACCGCGCGUGUGGAGGUCGGCACAACCCUCGGCCAGCUCUACUACACGAUCUCUCGAACAAGCAAAACCCUUGCUUUCCCCUCCGGCGUCUGCCCCACCGUGGGAGUCGGCGGCCACUUCAGCGGCGGCGGCUACGGCAUGAUCACGCGCAAGCACGGCCUCGCCCUCGACCACAUCGUCGACGCUAAGCUCAUCAAUACCGACGGCGAAAUCCUGGACCGGAAAAGCAUGGGAGAGGAUCUGUUCUGGGCAAUCAGAGGCGGCGGAGGGUCCAGCUUCGGGAUUGUUCUAGAAUUCACGGUCACGCUAGCCUCCGUCCCAGAAACCGUCACGGUCUUCAACGUGACACGAAUGCUGGAGGAAAACGCGACGGAGCUAGUCGAUAAAUGGCAACACAUCGCCGAUAAAGUCGACGAGAAUCUCCUCCUCAGACUUUUCCUAAGCCCUACCAACUCUCCGGCGACCGGAAACAUAACAGUCGCCGCCUCAUUCACGUCGAUGUACCUCGGUGGGGCCCGCGACCUUCUCCCUAUAAUGGAAGAGCAGUUUCCGGAGCUCGGGUUGACGGAAGAUGAUUGCAAGGAGAUGAGUUGGGUGGAAUCUGUUCUCUUCUUUGCUAACCUUGACGACCAACCCUUAGACGUAUUGUUGGACCGGACGCCUGCGGGAUCCUUCUACUUCAAAGGGAAAUCCGAUUACGUGAGCGCUCCCAUCCCGGUGAACGGUCUCAGAGAGAUAUGGAACUUUCUUAUGGAAGGCGAACGCUCUAGCUUGCAGUUGCAGCUGCAGUUUAGUCCGUACGGGGGAGUGCUCAACACCUACUCCGAUCACGAAACUCCCUUUCCUCAUCGGAGAGGGAAUAUAUUCAUGAUCCACUACUCAGUGGGGUGGUUUAACCUCAAUGAAUCGGAAGCGGGUAUUCGUUGGAUUCGGGGGCUCUAUGGCUACAUGGCGCGCCACGUCACCCAGAAUCCGCGGGCCGCUUACUUCAACUAUAGGGAUCUUGACAUCGGAAGAAACAACGACGCUGGGAAUACAAGCUACGAUCAAGCUAGUGUUUGGGGGCUUAAAUAUUUUAAAAAUAAUUUUAAAAGGUUGGUUCGUGUCAAGACUAAAUUCGACCCCUCAAAUUUCUUCAGAAACGAGCAGAGUAUUCCGGUGUUGGGAAUGUAGUGCGUUGGUGUAGUUAAAUUAAUGGUGAAUAGUUAAAAUUGUUGUGAAUUUUAUGUAUUAGGGAAAUAAAG